AUGGCGGCUUCCUCCUCUUCCACAGUACCACCGCAACAUCAAGUCUUCAUCAAUUUCCGGGGAGAAGAUAUACGCCAUGGAUUCGUCAGCCAUCUCGUCGCUGCCUUGAAAAGGAGUCAGAUCAAUAUCUUCUUCGACGAAUUAGAAGACAGAGGCGAACCUUUAGUAAAACUUUUUAAGAGGAUAGAAAUGUCGAGGAUCGCUCUGGCUAUCUUCUCCAAGAACUACACCGAUUCAGAGUGGUGCUUGAAAGAGUUAGACCAGAUGAAGAAGCGCAUGGACGAAGGCAUUCUGGUGGUGAUUCCCAUCUUCUACAAGGUGGACCCAUCCACCGUUAGAAAUCUCAAAGGAGAUUUCGGUGAGAAAUUGUUGGUUCUGGCUAAAGAUGAUGAGAAGAAGAAGAGAUGGGCUGAAGUUUUGAAUUCGAUUCCUAAUCUAUUCGGCAUCACUGUCGACGAUAAAAGCGACGAAUGCCAAAAAAUUAAUGACACUGUAAAGGCGGUUGAGAGAGUCCUGUUCAAGAUCUCAUCUAUGGUGGUGGGUAGCCAAAAUGUGUUAGUUGAUUCUUUAGAAGAUAGCGAUUCUAAAACUUUCUCAGGAGGCGAAAAGCAUCAGACUUUUGGAACGAAACAACGCCUGGAGGAAUUGGGAGAUAAGUUGGAUUGUGAUAAACACAAAGAAGGAACUCGUAUCAUUGGAGUGGUUGGUAUGCCCGGAAUCGGCAAAACCACUCUCAUGAAAGAGCUCUAUGCGAUUUGGAAGCGUAAGUUUUGGAGGCACGCGCUAGUCGAUAAAAUCCGGGAAAAGUCAAAGGACCCGGAGUUUUCCUUGCCCACAUUUCUUGUUGAAGAAUUACUUCCAUCUGAAGAUCAGAAUAAACACACAGAUAAUGGUGAGGAGCCACUCGAACUGUACAAGAAUCAACUGCUCCAACGCAAGGUCUUUGUCAUUCUGGAUGAGGUUAGUAAAAAGGAACAUAUCGAUGCUCUUCUCGGUAGACGUGACUGGAUUUGUAAAGGAAGCAGGAUUGUCAUUGCAACAAGUGACAUGUCAUUAACAAAUGGUGUGGUUGACGAUACUUACAUUGUCCAAAGUUUGGACCGUAUAGACAGCUUACAACUCUUUCACUAUCAUGCCUUCAGUGAUGAUCAAGAAAACCCUCUAAAGGGAGAGUUAAUGAAGCUGUCAGAAGAAGUUCUACACUACGCCAGAGGCCAUCCACUAGCUCUCAAGAUGUUGGGUGUAGAGCUUAACAAGAAAGACUUAAAUCAUUGGAAAUCGAAACUGAAGACACUCGCACAGAGUCAGAGCUCUGGUAUUAGAAGUGUCUUCCAAGUGAGUUAUGAUGAACUGAGUUCAGAGCUGAAAGAUGCAUUUCUCGACAUAGCCUGUUUCAGAUCCCAGGACAAGGAUUAUGUGGAAAGUUUACUGGCUUCACCUUCACCUGAACCCGGAUCUGCUGAAGCAUUGAGUGCAGUAAAAGCUCUCACGGAUAAAUUCUUGAUUAAUACUUGUGACGGCCGAGUGGAGAUGCAUGAUCUACUGUAUAGUUUUUCAAGGGAACUUGAUCUUAAAGAAUCCACUCAAGGUGGUAACAGAAAACGGAGGCUGUGGCUCCGUCAAGACAUAAUCAAGGGAGGUAAAAUUAAUGUACUGCAAAAUAAAAUGAAACCUGCCAAUGUCAGAGGUAUAUUGCUAGACUUGUCUGAAGUAAAAGAUGAGACGUGCUUGGACUGCGACCACUUCAUAAAAAUGGGUAAUCUCCGGUAUCUCAAGUUCUACAAUUCCCAUUGUCCUCAGGAAUGUAAAACCAACAAUAAGAUCAACAUUCCUGAUGAACUUAAGCUACCAUUGGAAGAGGUUCGAUGCCUCCACUGGCUGAAAUUCCCAUUGAAGAAACUUCCAAACGAUUUCAACCCGAUUAAUCUUGUUGACCUUAAGCUGCCCUACAGUGAGAUUAUACAUCUUUGGGAGGGUGACAAGAAUAGCUUGUUAUUUUUAAAGUGGGUUGAUCUCAGUCACUCAAGUAAGCUCUGCAGCUUGUCAGGGUUAUCAAAGGCUAAAAAUCUUCAAAGACUGAACCUUGAAGGCUGCACAGCACUGAAAACGUUGCCACGUCGUAUGAAGAAAAUGAAAAGGCUUGCUUUCCUGAAUCUGAAGGGGUGCACGAGUCUUGAAUCUCUGCCAAAGAUGACUUUAACAUUUCUGAAAACUCUUACUCUCAGCGGCUGCUCAAAGUUGAAGGAAUUUCCGUUGAUCUCGGAGAAUAUAGAAACUCUACACUUAGAUGGUACAGCAAUAAGUGAGCUUCCUACAAACAUGGAGAAGCUCCAGAGACUUGUCAUACUGAAUAUGAAAAACUGCAAAAUGCUGGUGGAAAUCCCAGACCGGGUUGCCAUAGAAGUGAUGCCACAAUUACCUUCGCUGCAGUAUUUGUGCUUAAGCGGAAAUGAUCAGAUCCGCUCCCUUCCUGCUGGCAUCAGUCAGCUCUCUCAACUAAAAUGGCUGGACUUGAAGUUUUGUAAGAAUCUUACAUCUGUGCCAGAGCUUCCACCAAAUCUUCAGUGCUUAGAUGCACACGGUUGUAGUUCGCUGAAGACAGUUUCGAAGCCUCUGGCACGUAUCAUGCCAACUGAGCAGAACCACUCCACUUUCAUUUUCACCAAUUGUGAGAACCUCGAACAAGCUGCAAAGGAGGAAAUUGCCUCGUAUGCUCAAAGAAAAUGCCAGCUGCUGUCAUAUGCUCGUAAACGCUACAAUGGGGGUCUUGUUUCAGAGGCUUUGUUCAGCACUUGCUUUCCUGGAUGUGAAGUGCCUUCAUGGUUUAGCCAUGAAACUGUUGGAUCAAAGCUAGAAGUAAAACUCCUCCCACAUUGGCAUGACAAGAGGCUUGCCGGAAUAGCUCUAUGUGCUGUAGUGCCAUUUCUUGACUGCCAAGAUCAGAUCAGCCGCUUAUCAGUGACAUGCACCUUUAAAGUAAAAGUUGAAGACAAGUCUUGGGUCUCAUUUACUUGCCCAGUAGGAAGUUGGAUCAGACAGGGAGACGGAGAAUACAAGAGUAAAUCAGACCAUGUCUUUAUUGGCUACACCAGUUGCCCAUAUACUAUAAAGUGCCCUGAAGACGAGAGUUCUGAUAAAUGCAAUUCUACUGAAGCCUCACUUGAGUUUACCGUGACAGGCGGUACAGAUGAGAAAGGAAAUCUCAAGGUGUUGAAGUGCGGUUUAGGCUUGGUGUAUGCAAAGGAUAAAAACAAAAACAGUUCUCAUGAAGCAAAAUAUGAUAUGCCCAUCGAAGUGAAUUUUCAAGAAAUUUCAAACGGGGUUGAGGGAGGAGCAAAGAAAAAGAAGAAAACAAGAGGUGAUGAUGGACGGCCAAAGAAGAAGCAAAAAUUAAGAGUGGAUGAUACUAUCCCGUGUCAAUCAAACGGUGAUGCAAGUGCAACUCCACGACUUGAUGAAGAAAACCCAGCAUGA